CGGCUCCCGGGCUGGGGGCCUGGGCUCCGGCCCGCGCCGCCCCCCGCGCGCCGCCCCCGCUGAGCCCGCGCCCGCCGGGGCGCCGCCCGGCACCAUGGUGCAAAAGUCGCGCAACGGCGGCGUGUACCCCGGCCCAAGCGGGGAGAAGAAGCUCAAGGUGGGCUUCGUGGGGCUGGACCCCGGCGCGCCCGACUCCACCCGGGACGGCGCGCUGCUCAUCGCCGGCUCCGAGGCCCCCAAGCGCGGCAGCAUCCUGAGCAAGCCGCGCGCGGGUGGCGCGGGUGCCGGGAAGCCCCCUAAGCGCAACGCCUUCUACCGCAAGCUGCAGAAUUUCCUCUACAACGUGCUGGAGCGGCCGCGCGGCUGGGCGUUCAUCUACCACGCCUACGUGUUCCUGCUGGUCUUCUCCUGCCUUGUGCUGUCAGUGUUCUCCACCAUCAAAGAGUACGAGAAGAGCUCGGAGGGCGCUCUAUACAUCCUGGAAAUCGUGACCAUCGUGGUGUUUGGCGUGGAGUACUUUGUGCGGAUCUGGGCUGCAGGCUGCUGCUGCCGGUACCGAGGCUGGAGGGGGCGGCUCAAGUUUGCCCGGAAGCCCUUCUGUGUGAUCGACAUCAUGGUGCUCAUUGCCUCCAUCGCCGUGCUGGCUGCCGGCUCCCAGGGCAACGUCUUCGCCACGUCUGCGCUCCGGAGCCUGCGGUUCCUGCAGAUCCUGAGGAUGAUCCGCAUGGACCGGCGCGGCGGCACCUGGAAGCUCCUGGGCUCCGUGGUCUACGCCCACAGCAAGGAGCUGGUCACCGCCUGGUACAUCGGCUUCCUCUGCCUCAUCCUGGCCUCGUUCCUGGUGUACUUGGCGGAGAAGGGCGAGAACGACCACUUCGACACCUAUGCCGACGCACUGUGGUGGGGCCUGAUCACCCUGACCACCAUUGGCUACGGGGACAAGUACCCCCAGACCUGGAACGGGAGGCUCCUGGCCGCAACCUUCACCCUCAUCGGUGUCUCUUUCUUUGCUCUUCCUGCAGGCAUCUUGGGGUCUGGCUUUGCCCUGAAGGUUCAAGAGCAGCAUCGGCAGAAGCACUUUGAGAAGAGGCGGAACCCGGCCGCAGGCCUCAUCCAGUCUGCCUGGAGGUUCUACGCCACCAACCUCUCCCGCACAGACCUGCACUCAACGUGGCAGUACUACGAGCGCACGGUCACCGUGCCCAUGUACAGACUGAUCCCGCCACUCAACCAGCUGGAGCUUCUGCGGAACCUCAAGAGUAAAUCUGGACUCACCUUCAGGAAGGAGCCUCAGCCGGAGCCAUCUCCAAGUCAGAAGGUCAGUUUGAAAGAUCGUGUCUUCUCCAGCCCCCGAGGCGUGGCAGCAAAGGUGAAGGGGUCCCCGCAGGCCCAGACCGUCCGGCGGUCGCCCAGUGCUGACCAGAGCCUCGAGGACAGUCCGAGCAAGGUGCCCAAGAGCUGGAGCUUCGGAGACCGCAGCCGCGCGCGGCAGGCCUUCCGGAUCAAGGGCGCCGCGUCACGGCAGAACUCGGAAGAAGCAAGUCUCCCUGGGGAGGACAUCGCGGACGACAACAAGAGCUGUAACUGCGAGUUUGUGACCGAGGACCUGACCCCGGGCCUCAAAGUCAGCAUCCGGGCCGUAUGUGUGAUGCGGUUCCUGGUGUCCAAGCGGAAGUUCAAGGAGAGCCUGCGGCCCUACGACGUGAUGGACGUGAUCGAGCAGUACUCGGCAGGCCACCUGGACAUGUUGUCGCGCAUCAAAAACCUGCAGUCCAGGAUAGAUAUGAUUGUGGGCCCCCCACCCCCUUCAACUCCCCGGCACAAGAAGUACCCCACCAAAGGACCCACGGCCCCUCCGAGAGAGUCACCCCAGUUCUCACCUAGAGUGGACCAGAUCGUGGGGCGCGGCCCGGCGAUAACCGACAAGGACCGCACCAAGGGCCCGGCCGAGGCAGAGCUGCCAGAGGACCCCAGCAUGAUGGGACGGCUGGGGAAGGUGGAGAAGCAGGUCUUGUCCAUGGAGAAGAAGCUGGAUUUCCUGGUGAACAUCUACAUGCAGCGCAUGGGCAUCCCCCCGACGGAGACUGAGGCCUACUUCGGGGCCAAGGAGCCGGAGCCAGCACCGCCGUACCACAGCCCCGAGGACAGCCGGGAGCACGGCGACCGGAAUGGCUGCAUCCUGAAGCUUGUCCGCUCCAGCAGCUCCAUGGGCCAGAAGAAUUUCUCGGCGCCCCCGGCUGUGCCCCCGGCCCAGUGCCCGCCCUCCACAUCCUGGCAGCAGCAGUGCCACCCGCGCCAGGGCCACGGGGCCUCGCCCGUGGGGGACCAUGGCUCCCUGGUGCGCAUCCCGCCGCCGCCCGCCCACGAGCGGUCGCUGUCGGCCUACAGCGGGGGCAACCGGGCCAGCACGGAGUUCCUGAGGCACGAGGACGCACCGGCCUGCAGGCCCCACGAGGGCGCCCUGCGGGACAGCGACACGUCCAUCUCCAUCCCGUCCGUGGACCACGAGGAGCUGGAGCGCUCCUUCAGCGGCUUCAGCAUCUCCCAGUCCAAGGAGAACCUGGACGCGCUCAACAGCUGCUACGCGGCCGUGGCGCCGUGCGCCAAAGUCAGACCUUACAUCGCGGAGGGGGAAUCGGACACGGACUCCGAGCUCUGCACCCCGUGUGGGCCCCCGCCACGCUCCGCCACGGGCGAUGGCCCCUUUGGGGACAUGGGCUGGGCCGGGCCCCGGAAGUGAGGCUGCCCCUGGCCUCUCCCUGACUCCUGGCCUCCCGGGGUCCGAGGUGGGACCUUCCAGGGCCUUUCUUAGAGUAAUGUGGGUGUGGACACCCCUGCGGGGCUGGGGGCAGGCGGGCACAAAAGUUCUUUUUCCAACAAGGGCAGCUGGGCCGGCCGUGCCCACUCUGCAGGCCAUUGGCCUGGGUGUGAGUAGGGGCUAGGGUGGUGGCUGAAGACAGGCUCCUGGGUGCAGGGUGGAAGCGUGGGGUCUGGGACCAGGGCCCGGGUGAGGGUGGCAGCAAGGGGCAGGCCUGUCCCCUGAGGAUGGGCGGCCUUGAGGCCUGGUGGGGAGGGAGCCUGGGCAGGCGGCUGCGGGAGGUGUGGCCGGCCCCUUGGGUGUGGCUUGCGUUUGUCCGUCAGUCCCUGCCCCUGCCGUGUUUGUCCGUCUCUCUGUCUGUCCAUGUGCAUGGCUGAGGCGAUGCCUCCUCACCUUUUGGUGCCUGUCUGGAGAGCUGCGGUCAGCAUCGUCUCCCCCCUCCCCUGGGUUCUGAGUGUCCUGUGAUGGGAGCCGGCCCCAAGUCCAGGACCCUGGCCUGGAGAGGAGGAGGGGCGAGGCCUGGAGACCACACCAGAGCACAAGUGAGUGACCCUUGAACCUCCCAGCCUCAGCUCCACAGGCUCUGGAAGGGGGCCUUUAGGGGCUCUCCCGGCCACAGGAGACCUGGGGGUGGGCACCCCUGUGUCCUCUCUGCUCUGCCCUGGCCGGGCGAAGCUCACUGGGCCACAGCCCGCACUGUGUAGUGACCCGUGUGCAAGGAGCCAUGCUGGGCGGUUGGGGGCACCGCCCUGAGCCAGGCUCACGUUCCAGGGUCCUGGGGCCGGGUGGGUUGUGGUGAGCAGAUUCACACGCCGUCCUUCCCCGGGUGCCUUGCUGCACCUGUCCACAGGACCUAGGGCUGGACGAGGCCAUAACCGCUGAGAAAAGCCUUCAAAGCCCCACCAGGGUUGGGAGAGGCCCUUCUGCCGUCUGGAGACAAAGGUGGCUCUGUCUUGUAGGACGUCUCUCCUGUCUCCUCGGAGCUGACCAUCCCCCACCCGCUCCCCUCCUCUGCCCGGUCCCCCCGGAGCUGACCGUCCCCCACCCACUCUCUUCUGCUGCCCGGUCCC